CUCGUUUUAAUUUUUUCUUACGUUUGAGUGUAGACAGGUGCAGUACGGUCAGCCAGCCUUAGUAUAGCCGUUGCUUUGUAGACUCUUGUAGACUUAAAACCCAACGAAAAGAGAACCCUCCAAAAAACCGUAAACCCAGGAAAAGGGCAGAAAAAGAGAAAAGAAAACAAUGGCACAAGCUUCUUCAGUUGUUAGCAUCAACAGAAGGAAGCGUUGCGUUUCACUUCCUUUCCACGGUUUUGUUGUCGCUUUGGCUGUGAUUCUGCUGUGUUUUGUACCCAUUAACGUCUCGGCUGCUGCCAGGCGAGAGCCUCCGCAGCAACAGCUACCGCAGAAGCUGAGGUUUGGUCGGAAUGGGGAGUUUAAGAUACUACAAGUGGCGGACAUGCACUACGCAGAUGGUAAAACAACGCCGUGUUUGGAUGUGUUGCCUAGUCAGGUUCAUGGUUGCUCUGACCUCAACACCAGUGCUUUUAUCCAGCGCAUAAUCCAAGCUGAGAAACCCACUUUUAUCGUUUUCACUGGUGAUAACAUCGUUGGAUUUGAUGCCACGGAUUCAGCAAAAUCUUUAAAUGCAGCAUUUGCCUCUGCAAUUGCUGCAAGAAUUCCAUGGGCUGCUGUUUUGGGGAACCAUGAUGGGGAAGGCACCUUAUCAAGGGAAGAGGUUAUGAAACACAUAGUUGGAUUGAAGCAUACUAUGUCUCAAUUCAAUCCUUCUGAAGCACAUAUUAUUGAUGGUUUUGGCAACUAUAACCUGGAGGUUGGUGGAGUCGAGGGGUCUGGUUUUGCAAACAAUUCAGUUCUCAAUCUCUACUUCCUUGACAGUGGAGAUUACUCUACAGUUCCAGGCAUCCCAGGCUAUGGUUGGAUUAAACCCUCUCAGCAGCUGUGGUUUCAACGUACUUCUGCAAAGCUUCAGAGAGCCUACAUGAGCCCACCAAAUGUUCAGAAAUCAUCUGCACCUGCACUUGCGUAUUUUCACAUCCCGCUGCCUGAAUUUGCUAGUUUUGACUCAUCAAACUUCACAGGGGAUAGACAAGACGGUAUUAGUUCUGCAUCUGUGAACUCGGGCUUCUUCACAACCAUGUUAGAAGCAGGGGAUGUGAAGGCGGUUUUUACAGGUCAUGAUCACCUCAACGACUUCUGUGGUCAAUUGACUGGUAUUCAAUUAUGUUAUGCUGGGGGUUUUGGAUACCAUGCCUAUGGGAAAGCUGGAUGGUCCAGGAGAGCUAGGGUGGUGGUAGCAUCUCUAGAGAAGACAGAGAAGGGAGGUUGGGGGGCUGUCAAGUCAAUCAAGACAUGGAAGCGCCUUGAUGAUCAACAUCUCACUGCCAUUGAUGGUCAGGUCCUCUGGAGCAAGAAUUCUGCUGGUAAAAACAAGUAACUUCGGUCACUGUUUCCCACAAUGGAUUGAUCUUGUCCUACCUAUAAAGGUUGGCAGCUACUUAGGACCAUCUACAUGGAGGGUUUGAAAUUUUUUAUGACUCUGCAUCUAGACAUUAGCCAACUAACAUGACUUCGAUCCAAACUUGCUUCUUGGUGUUGCCUUCUUCCCCCGUGUGCCCAUAGGGAAAAGUUUCCCCCUUAAAAUAAGUUUUAAACAUUUGAUGAAUCGCAUGGCCAUUUAAUCUUGACGGUUUUCUUUAAGAUAAUGUAUCCUGUAUUAUCCUUGACUAUUGACCAUAUCGGCAAAAGUUCAGGGUAGCUCUUCAUGUGUUGGGGUUUGUUACAGACUUACAUUUUCUGGAUGUCAUGUGAAACAAGAGCUCCAUUUAUAUCCUAAGCAGCAUUGGUGGUGAAAUAACUCAUGCACAUUGUUUGGAAAUCGAAUUUGUUUGUGCUUAUGGAAUAAAUUCACAUGAUGUUCGGUGCAUUAGAUGAAUUUGUAGGGAAUUGAAGC